AUGGACACAUCAAUGGUUGCUUAUACAAUUCCACCAGAUGUUCCCACAGUUCCAGUUCCAUAUAAAGAUGAGAAAUUUUGGGCGACUAUCAGUUAUUAUGAAUUGAAUACGAGGGUUGGAGAGCAGGUUAAGGUUAGUGUGAACUAUGAACUACGCGGUGAAAAAUCUCCCUAGACUCCGGAAACCCGACCGAAUUUUCAGGUAUCUUCCUCAACAAUAACUAUCGAUGGAUUCACUGAUCCUUGUGAUAAUGGUUCAAAAAUCAGUCUAGGCUUAUUCUCGAAUGUCAAUCGAAAUGCUACAAUUGAAAACACUCGCCGCCACAUUGGAAAUGGUGUAAAAUUGACAUAUUGUCGGAGUAAUGGUGCACUUUUUGCGCAAUGCGAAAGUGAUUCGGCACUUUUUGUGCAAUCAAGAAAUUGUAAUUAUGCUAAUGGGUAGGUGGAAUGACUAAAGUAUAGUUUGGGCAUGACAUGAAACCAGAAACUAGAGUGUAGACUAAAAGUUAUGAGAAAUAAAGAAGAUCAAAAAUUGAAAAUGUUUCAAAAAUUAUAUUUUUCAAAUUCUAGAUUCCAUCCAACAACCGUCGUCAAAAUCGCCAAUAAAUGUUCGCUCAAAAUUUUCGACACUGAAAAAUUCCGCGAACUUUUGGAUGAUUGUAGUCGACGUGGAUUCGACGCCUCUUUUGAUCUUCAAAAAAUGUCAUUCAUUCGAAUGUCAUUUGUAAAAGGAUGGGGAGCCGAAUAUCAGAGACAGGAUGUGACUUCGACACCGUGUUGGAUUGAGAUUCAUUUGCAUGCACCAUUGGUGGUAAGUUCAAGGGUACAACUAACUAGAGUGUAGUCUAGACUACACUUGUUGCGUUCGAAAAAAAUCACAUGAUUGUUUUGGUAAAAAGUAACUACAGUAACAAGUCUUGCAGUUCGGAAAAACCCUAGAUUACAGUACCUCUUGCAGUUUCUGAGCUACAGUACUCUUCAUAGCUCGGAAAAUACAUUGAAUCACAUCUUUUUAGAGUUACCGUAAUCCCUGAAGCUCGGGAAACUUAAGACUACAGUAAACCUCGAGAUAAAAACCAAUUUUUGAAUUCAAAAAAAUCGCAGCUCACGUCAGAGAACCAAACAUUUGAAAAAAACUUCAUUUUUAUACAUGAAAAAUUCAUCAUUUCCUGCAAUUAAAAUUUUUUGCACUAAUUAAUUAAUAUUAAUGAGACUAAAUUUAUCCACCUCUCUUUUUUUGCUCAUUAAUUAUAUCUGCGUCUCUCACUCUCCAAUACUCUCUCACUCACUUUUUGCAUCAAAAACCAAAAAAAAAUGGUGUAAAAUAGGGUGUUAGGUCUCGAUUCUGUCUAGACAGAAAAAAGAAGGAAUCUGUUUGGUUUCAUCUUUUUAUUAUAGAAGAGCGGGUAAUUAUUACUCUUAUUAUUGACUUUUGUCUGAUCAAACUAUAUACACAAAUUUGGUGGGACUUAUGGAGGAGAAAAAUAUGUAAGAGAGGGAAUGAAGUUAGGGACUUAAAUUUGAAAAUUCUCCGAUUCGGGUGAUUUGUAAAUGAUUCAGCGCGCUCGCGGAGGAGCGCAAUGUUCAGCUGAAAAUUCAAUAAUUUCAAUUUUCAAAUCGAAUAUUUUUCCCACAAAAAUUCUCAAUUCACAUUUUCCCAUUGUAAAUGAUUUUUUAAAUAAAUAAAUUCACAAAAAAGAAAGUCAUAAACAAAAUUGUCUAGACAGCCUAAUUUUUUUCUUUUUUUUUUUGUAAGAAAAAAAGAGGACAAAUUUUUGUAAAGGGAAAAUGAGAGUUUCGGAGUUUUUUGAUAAAAAAUCGUAUUUUUUCUUUUGAAAAAAUGAAGCUUAUCAAUUAGUAGACCCGAAGUGAGAAAAUGCGAAAAAAAUUUAUGGAGGAAAAUUUGGGAUUAAUUAAUUAAUUUUUGAAUAUGCUUUGAGAUUAUUCUGAUUUUCUAAAAAAUGCUCUGAAAUCCCAAAAAUCAAUAAUUUUUGCAGUGGUUGGAUCAAGUUCUGUUCACAAUGACACCGUCGUCUCAAACUCGUCCAGUUUCUUCAAUUUCAUAA